AGGAGGAUAGGGGAGGGUCUGCCGGAGAGGAAUGGUGUUGAUUAGGGUUACUGAAGAGUGCUGCGAUCAUAUUACAGAGAAGGGGGAACAUUGCCCGUAAUGGCACACUGAAAGCACACAACCAGGGGCAGAGGAGCUGCCACAUUGGAUUUUUAUUCGUGAUGAUUUCGCUUUCCAGCUAGUUAGCUUUUAUUUAGAGUGAAAUCUUAAUAAAAAAAAAGAUCCCCCCGAGGAGAAGCAAACAGAAUAAAAUGUUUCAGAAAGGAUCUGCGGUAACACCCGGACACACCGAGAGUGAAAAGAAAGUGGUUUCUGUUUAUCUUACGGCCGAAUCCUCGUUGUUAAAACUAUAGGCACGCCUGGUGGAAACACGUUAUUGUCUCGGUUACCAUUGCAAGGACUGGUUGCAGUUUUGAUGCCGAAAACUCGGAUAACAUUGGUACAGGAGCAGCAUAGCGGUAGUGGAAAAGGCACCACCAUUACGGUAUGAUUUCAACAGCUGCAGCUCGGAUUACUCCUAACGUUACUUCUUAGCUAGAAAUUAUGUUUCUCUCAACUGGAGCAACUCCGUGUGCCCCUUCCGAAAAAACAACGAGGAUUUGGUUUGUAAUGAUUUGUUGUACUUAAAAAGGCUGAAAUCGUACAUUGUACCCCAGCGACCAGUACUGUCACCGGGGACAAAGAAAUCUCCGUUUUUUCCUGGAUGUUGCCCCGGUUUAUCCUCUCCGUGCUCGUAGUUUCCAGCCUCCCAAACAGCGAUCAUGUUUGCAGUCCGCAUCGUCACCGCAGACUACUACAUGGCGAGUCCCAUCAAAGACUUGGACGUCUGCUAUUCUGAAUUCAGAGAGAGCGAUGCCAAGAGGGUGCCAGUGGUUCGGAUCUUCGGGGCGACCCCGGCAGGUCAGAAGACAUGCCUCCACCUGCACGGCAUCUUCCCCUACGUCUACGUCCCCUAUGACGGCUACGGGCAUCAGCCGGAACGCUACCUGCGGCAGGUGGCCUUCAGCAUUGACCGCGCCCUCAACGUGUCCAUGGGAAACCCCUCCUCCAGCACGCAGCACGUCUUCAAGGUCGCGCUGGUGUCUGGGAUGCCUUUCUAUGGAUACCACGCCAAAGAGAAGCAGUUCAUGAAGAUCUAUCUCUACAAUCCUCAGAUGGUGAAAAGGGUCUGUGAGCUACUGCAGGGAGGAGCCGUCAUGAACAAGAGCUACCAGCCCCACGAGGCCCACAUCCCCUUCCUGCUCCAGCUCUUCAUCGACUACAACCUGUACGGCAUGAACCUGGUCAACCUGGGUGCCGUCAAGUUCCGCAGGGCCCGGCGGAAAGAGGAGACUUCGCCCUCACCGUCCUCCUCGGCCCAGGACCGGCCGGGACCCUCCAGCAGGGCAAGCGGCAGCCUGUGGAAGAGCCCCUGCACCUCCAAACUGUCCGACUCCACGCUGGGUGGCACGUUCGUCCGCUGGGAGGAGGAGGCCAUCCCCUGCUCGCUGGUCCUGGAGGAGGUGGAGAAGCUGAGCAUGUGUGAGCUGGAGGUGGACGCAGUGGCUGCAGACAUCCUCAACCGCCUGGAGAUCGAGACUCAGAUCGGGAGGAACCCCGGUCUGCAGGCCAUCUGGGAGGACGAGAAACAGAGGCGCCGGGAGAAGAACGAGUCGUCACAGAUCGACCCCCCAGAGUCGCAGGAUCGCGGGUUUGUCACCACCGCGGAGAGCGAGAGAGCCUUCCUGAAGAGAUUCAAGGAAAUCCUGAAGGAAAAUGAAUUCUCCUUGACGCAGUCGGGGACCAUGGGCGACGGCGACGAUUCAGAGCUGUUUCCCGUGGAGCUGUCGCUGCACCCCGACGUGCUGACCCCCGAGGCCCUGCACUGCACCCCCGCCAACCUGGUGGAGGUGCACAAGGACGUGCCGACAGACACUAAGAGGCCCGGCGGUAAGGACUCCGAGGUGGCGAUCGUGGACGAGGAGGCCAUCCUGAGCCUGCUGGAGAGCAGCCAGACCUUCCAUCCGCUGUCCCAGAGAAUCGCCCAGUCCUCCAUACUAGACGGCAGUCAGGACCACGCUAUGGUGGACCUGCUGGCGGGGCUGGAGGAUGACGGCUACCAGGCUGACCUGCCCAGGAACUCCUCACAGCAGCAGCUGUCGGGAAGCGUAAGCUGCCUCUACAACAGCGACGAGGAGGAGGCCGUCCCCGAGCUGGAGAGGCAGGACACCGAGCUCAGCCUGGUGAUGUCACAGAGAUGGGACAGCGACAUUCCGGAACACGCGCCUCGGCAGAGGCUGUCGACGAAGGACAUGAACGACAGCUCCAGCGAGGAGCAGCCCAACUCGUCAGACGAGGAGAUGGAAUGGAGCGGCAACAACUCCCUCUUUGCCAGCCUGUCCAUCCCCCAGCUGGAUGGGGCUGCCGAUGAGAACAGCGAUUCAUCGUUGACUGACAAAGGCCCCAGGACUCACUCAUCCCUGACGGUCACCGACAAGAUCCUGGGGAAACGGAACCCCUUCCCAAGCGAAACGGUCCACUUGGAGCCGCCGUCGUCAGCCAAAGUCCUGCUGGAGUGCAAGCACCCGGAGCACCGACAGGCCCUCUCCCUGGACACCGAAGAGACAACGGACAAGCACUUCCUGUCCAAAGGCUCUAUCAGCCAGGACAGCAAGGCUGACUCCGCCGGGCUCAAGAUGAACAAAGACAGUCCUUACAUCCAGCCAGUUAAACACCCGAUUCCCUGCAGCAUGGCAAACAAGACUGACAUCUCCCAAAUGGGCGCUGACAAAAUGGACGUGCACCCCCUCUACACCUAUGAAAAGAAAACAAUCUCCCUCAACAAUUCCGACCAGGAUGGCUUGCCCUUUGGAAAUGGAAAAAUUACACAAAGCAGGAAGAAGUACAGCAGUAUUAAAAAUGUGGAAAAGAAUCGCCUGUCCAUUCUGCAGAAUCACAGAAGUUUUUCCCUCUGUUACUCCGAGCUGAGGAAUUGUCCCACUAAGGCGGAGCUGGAGCUGGCUCAAAAAGAGGGCAAAAGCCCCUUGCAAAGAAACCUGAAUCCAACACCGAGUCCCAUGGAGGAGGACGAUCCCAUGGCCCCUCAGGAAGGAGAAACGGGGAGGAGCAGCGAGGAGGGUGACGUGGGAGAGCUGAAGAUCAGGUACGAGGACUACCAGGAGAACAAGACCGAGAGGACGAUUGUUGCCCAGCAGGAGGCUCACUACAAGUUCUUCCCCAGCGUGAUCCUGUCCAAUUGCCUCAACCGGCCCGCCAAAAAGUGCGUGGGCAGCAAGCCGACCGAUGGCGGCGGCAAGCUCGAUCAGGAGAAACGGAGGUCCAGGCUGAAGCUGAGCAAAAAGAAGGUCGGCACACCCAGCCAAAGGUCCAAGGCAAGCGCCGUGGAGAGUGUAGGCUCUGAGGGCCAGGAGGGUGCGGCCUACACGUCCCUGAAGCCUGUCUGUGAGAAGGGGCAGGAGAAGGAAAGAACAGAGACGGGACCUUCAGAACCGCCUCCGGAUGUCCCUCGCGCUUGUGGUCCCGCUGAGGCGUCCGUUGAAGAGAGGCUCGCACCCCCCGCUUACCCCCCUCCCAGGGUAGGGCACUCCAAGCCGUCGGGCCCUCACGGCAGCAAAUACACGCUGAGGGCCAAGCGCAAGAUGAGCUACGACAGCGAGGAAGGGGAGGCUUCGGGGGGUUCCCACCACAACAAGCCCUCCCUCGCCGCGAGAGAUGGCUUCGCUCUCGGCGGCCACGACUACAAGUAUCAGAAACGGCGGAAGAUGUCAAAAAAGGAGCCUCCCAUCAUCAUCAAGUACAUCAUCAUCAACAGGUUCAAAGGUCAGAAGAACAUGCUGGUGAAGAUGGCCAAGGUGAGCGCGGACGAACGGCGGGUGACGUUGACGCCAGACAGACUGGAGCAUUACAGAAAGCUCGCUCCGCUCAAGGACUUUUGGCCCAAAGUGCCGGAGUCCACCGCUGUCAAAUACCCGUUGUGUGAGCCGAAGGCUAAGAGGCACCCUAAACGUAAAGCUAAGGUCAACUCUGCAUCAAAGAAAACAGUCAGCAGUCCUCCUAAAGCUAAAGGCAGGCAGGGGUUUAGGAUAAAAAGGACUAAAGGCGGUAAAAAGCCAUUGACUUUGCCUACCUUGCCUCUUCCAUCACCUUGUUACAAUGACCACACUGAUGAUUAUGCCUCCGAAUACACCGAUGUGAUGGUUGAGCUAGGUUAUUUAUCUGACACAGCUCCCAGCCCCGUGGAUUCAACGCCACCAAGGUGCUGGUCUCCUAGCGCCCCCCAGAUGGACACAACCCCUGCCGAGCAGUUGAUAAACCCUCUGAAUGACCCGUGUCUUAGCUCUGCGUGUCAGGAGGCUACCACAGAGUCAUUAGGUAAAGGGGUUCGCAACAGAGGUCGUGCAACCAGAUCCAGAAAAGUGGCAUCAACAAGCCCAAAAAGACGGUGCAAAGCUGCAACUAAGAGUUUGGAGGAGGGGCCUCCUAAGAAGGAGACGGUUAAAAGGAAAACCAGUGGCGGGACACAGAGGAGGAAAAAGAAAGAUCUGGAGACUACACAAGACUCAAGCCAAGAUAAAGUACAGGAAUUGCCUAAAAAGACCAGGAAGCCUCGCAAGAAGAAGCAACCAGCCCAGGUGCCCAGUGAGCCACUCCCAAAGGAGGACCGCUCCCUGCCCCUGUUCCCUGAGGAAGACCUGCCUCCUACAGGAGAAUCCUCACCUGAAGACCUCCCUCCCUUUCAACAGCCGGUGUCUGACACAGAAGGCAAAGAUGAUGUUGGCUCACAGGGUGACACAGGGUCCAAAAGCCAGCCCUUGGCUGCUGAUAUUGAGCCAAAGCCAGAGACAUGUAAGAUCGCCAUCUCUGAGAUGAGUCCGAGUCCUUGUGAUAAACUUGGUGUGAAAAGGCAGCCUGACCCACUUCAAGGUGGUGACUUGUGCAGUUCUGAUGACCCCACUCCAGCCACCAGUUCUGUGGGGACGUUGGAUGUCGGGAAAUCCCAAACCAGUUGCUCAUCGUCUUCUGUGAACAACAUUGGCCUCCCAUGCUCUGUGAUCACGUAUAGUAGGUCCUGCUCUAACGCACAGUCUCGGAGGUCAAAUGCUGGGUCGCAGCGGGGGUACUGCAAACCUGCAAAGCCUGUCGAAUUCAAGACUGAGACCCCAGAUCCGAUCCCUGUGAGUGCUGAAGAGAACCAGACGUCCGCACAGCCCUUGGAGGUAAAGGCAGCAAAGACUAAACGGCGUACAUCAAAGAAGAAAGAAAAAGAGGAUGUAGCAACCUCACAGUCCAUGCCUCUUAAGGUCAAGCUCUCACCUAAACCCAAAGCAGAAGACAUUGAAGGAACUGCCAAAGAUUGCUCACCUCAGCCAGCCCCCAGGAAUGGGGAAAGACUGCCGCUUCCUGAGACGCCUUCAGGACUUGCCGUCCUAAAAGAGCUCCUGCAGAAAAGGCAGCAGAAGGUGUCUGAAGGAGCAGCGGCAUCUGAGGGCACACCUGCUGCAGUUGUGCCAAUCAGCAGUGCUCCAGACCCUGCCAGCAAGCCCACAAAAGCCAAAAGAGCCCCUUCCUCCACCCCACGUAAGCCCAGGACCCCCAAGACGCAGGCCCCAAAGGAGAAGAAGCCUAGAAGCAGAAAGGGGAAAAACGCAAAGCAAGAGGAGCAGGUGAAGCUGGAGCCUCCCCAUUCAGACGACAGCCCGGUGUUUCUCUCCGACCCCGGUUUCGACAGCUGUUACUCGAUCGAGGACAGUUUGUCCCCUGAGCUUCCGCACAACUACAACUUCGACAUCAAUGCCGUGGGCCAGACGGAGUUCUGCGGUCUCUACUCGGGCAGCCAGUUUGUGCUGGCUGACAAGAACCUGCCCCAGAAGUUCCUGAGUGAUGUGAUCCAGGAGCCGGUCCCGUCGCUAGCCCGAGGAUUGGACCACACCCCUGAGCGGGUCCCGGGGGUUGGAGAGGAGGUUCAGCGCGGGGCUGAGUGGCACAGGGUGGGCCCCCUCAGCCCAGACCUCUUUGACAAAUCCUCGGCAGAAGCCAGGGAGGGAUUACCGACUCACCUGUCAGCAUCUCUGCUGGACUCAGAGAGUGGCCAAGAGCUGGCUGCGGCCAGGAUUAUGAGGAGCAGAGAGUGGGGGUCCUCCCUAGGCAAGGGGCACAGCCUUAGCCACUUCCAGGGUUUUCACUGUGAGAGGAGAGACCUGCUGUUCUCCUUCGACCCUUUUCUGCCGCUGCCAUUGAACUCGGCAUCGUUCACCGACAUCCUUGGGUCUCCUGCCGUGGAUCUCAUGGAAGGGAAUGAUGCGUUAACCACGACGACACCCAGCAGCUCUCCGAGGUCCGUCAGCUCGCUGUCACAGGUUAAGAUGGGCAGCCAGUCCCAGAGGGGCGUGGGGGGCGCCCAUAUCCUGAAGCCCCUCAUGUCCCCUCCCAGCCGGGAUGAGAUCCUCUCCACCCUGUUGGAUCUGGACCUCGCGGAAGCCACCUAUCAGGAGCCCUUCUGCAGUGAUCCCUCUGAUGCUCCAGGAAAACCGAGGGAGAUCGGCGGGCGCAAGCUGGUGGUGGAGACGCGGCUGGCGAAGGAGCUGGCGGAGUUCAGCGGCGAUUUCACGCUCGAGGGCCUGCAGUUCUGGAAGACGGCCUUCUCCGCCAUGACGCGGCCGGGCUCCCCGCCGGCACACGCGGCUGGGCCCGCGGACUCCGCCAAGGGCCAGCCAGACCUCAGCCCAGGCUCAGCGGGCGACCAGAAGGUGGUGCUGCUGCCCUGCAAGAGCGCGCCCAGCCGGGAGAGGGUGCAGCUGUGGCUGCAGGCCCGGCGGGAGUUCGAGCGUCCGCAGAGGGAGCGGGCGGGCAGGGGCGCCGAGGACAGGGGCCGGUUUGACUGGGACAGGCGUCAGGGCCAGGGUGGGGCCGGGGCCGGGGUGGAAAAAUCAGAAACGGUAUGUCGUAGGUUCGAAAAUGCCAAACAGGACCUUAAUCACAGGGGGCAGGAUGUCUCCCCUGAGGAGGGGGCUGAGUCUCCGAGCUGCCCGGGGGAGAUGAGAUCCAUACACGAUGUUGACACCAGCACGGUAGAGGAAGAGGAGGAGGGGGAAGAUGAAGAGUACUGCAUUAAAUCCGACUCCCCGGACUCCCCGGUGUUGCCGCCCUGGCAGAAAUCUGUUUGGCGCAGCCCUUCCGGGGAAGAGAGGGAGGCGAAAGCUGCAGCUGUGGAGCUGCUGUCUCCCAGCCUCGCUAGUCCCAUCGACCCAUCCUGCCCGUCACCGGAAACAAGGCGGGGCAAGGAAUUCCUCAGCCCCUCCCCCUUCUCCCUUACUGGCCACACCAGUGAGAAGCCCCACCCCUUCCACCACAGCACCCCUGUCACCAGAAGGCGGAAAAGCAAAGGGGAACCGGAGCCCAUCUGCAGCCCUCCCGUGGCGGAAGACGGGGAGUCCAGGUCUCCGAGAGCGCAGCAGAGGAGAGGGGCUCAUGCGGAUGCGCUGAGGAGAGUGCUCCUAACCACGCAGAUGAAGAACCAGUUUGCUGCUUUGAACACCUCGCGGAAAGACAACUCGCAGAUUGAAGGCCCGUCCAUCACCAACUCGUACGGCUUCAAAGUCAGCAUGCAGAACCUUCAGGACGCUAAAGCACUGCACGAGGUGCAGUACCUGACCCUGAUGAGCAUGGAGCUCCACGCGAGAACCCGCCGAGACCUGGAGCCCGACCCGGAGUUUGACCCCAUAUGUGCCUUAUUCUACUGCUUCACCUCUGACGCGCCGCUGUCCGACUCCGACAAGUCCCAGCUGACCGGCGCCGUCGUGGUGGACAAGGACUGCCACAGCUCGGGCAAAGGUUCCAGAAGUACAGCGCCCCUGCUGGUGAGAUCUGGAAUUUCUGGUCUGAAAGUCACCUAUACGGUCGAUGAGAAGGAGCUCUUUCAAGAAGUUACCAACAUAAUGAGGAAGUUCGACCCGGACAUCCUGAUUGGGUAUGAGGUCCAGAUGCGGUCCUGGGGCUACCUCCUGCAGCGGGCGUCUGCGCUGGGUGUGGACCUCUGCCAGCAGCUGUCGCGGGUGCCAGGCGACUCGAAGGAGAACCGCUUCGCCACCGAGCGGGAUGAGUACGGAGCCGACACCAUGUCCGAGAUCAACAUCAUCGGUCGCAUCGUGCUCAACCUGUGGAGGGUGAUGAAGACUGAGGUGACGUUGAAUAACUACAGCUUCGAGAACGUGGCCUUCCAUGUCCUCCACCAGAGGUUCCCUCUCUACAGCCCUCGAACCCUCUCCGACUGGUUCGACCACCACAGCGACCUGUACAGGUGGAAGGUGGUGGAUCACUACGUCAGCCGGGUCUGCGGCACCAUGCAGCUGCUCCAGCAGCAUGACAUCGUGGGCAAAACCAGCGAGCUGGCCCGGGUCUUUGGGAUCCAGUUCUUCCACGUGCUGACCAGAGGGGCCCAGUAUCGUGUGGAGUCCAUGAUGCUGCGGGUGGCCAAGCCCAUGAACUACAUCGCGGUGACGCCCAGCAUACAGCAGCGAGCCCAGCAGAGGGCGCCGCAGUGCAUCCCGCUGGUCAUGGAGCCCGAGUCGCGCUUCUACAGCAACUCCGUGGUGGUGCUGGACUUCCAGUCGCUCUACCCCUCCAUCGUCAUCGCCUACAACUACUGCUUCUCCACCUGCCUGGGUCACGUGGAGAGUCUGGGAACACCCGAUGAGUUCAAGUUCGGCUGCACUUCUCUGAGGGUGCCCCCUGACCUCCUGUACCAGCUCCGCAAUGACAUCACUGUGUCGCCUAACGGCAUUGCCUUCGUCAAGUCGUCCGUGCGGAAAGGGGUCCUGCCCAGCAUGCUGGAGGAGAUCCUGAAGACCAGGAUCAUGGUCAAGCAGUCGAUGAAGGCCUACAAGCACGACAAGACCCUCAUGCGCCUGCUGGAGGCCAGGCAGCUGGGGCUCAAGCUCAUCGCCAACGUCACCUUCGGGUACACGGCUGCCAGCUACUCCGGCCGCAUGCCCAGCGUAGAGGUGGGUGACAGCAUCGUCCACAAAGCCAGGGAGACCCUGGAGAGAGCCAUCAAGCUGGUAAACGACACCAAGAAGUGGGGCGCUCACGUCGUGUACGGAGACACGGACAGCAUGUUCGUCCUGCUGAAGGGAGCCACCAAAGAGCAGGCCUUCAAGAUCGGGAACGAGAUUGCCGAUGCGGUGACCGCCACCAACCCCAAGCCCGUCAAGCUCAAGUUUGAGAAGGUGUAUCUGCCCUGCGUCCUGCAGACGAAGAAGCGCUACGUGGGCUACAUGUACGAGAGCCUGGACCAGAAGGAUCCUGUGUUUGAUGCCAAAGGGAUCGAGACAGUGCGCAGAGACGGCUGCCCUGCUGUUUCCAAGAUCCUGGAGCGCUCCAUCAAACUUCUGUUCGAGACGCGAGACGUCAGCCAGGUCAAGCAGUACGUGCAGAAGCAGUGUGUGAAGAUCCUAGAGGCCAAGGCCAGCAUGCAGGACCUCACCUUCGCCAAGGAGUACCGGGGCAGCGGUUCCUACAGACCCGGGGCCUGCGUGCCCGCCCUGGAGCUCACCAGGAGGAUGCUGGCGUACGACCGGCGGCUGGAGCCACGGGUGGGCGAGAGGGUGCCCUACGUCAUCGUGUACGGGAGGCCCGGGGUGCCCCUGAUCCAGCUGGUGCGGCGCCCCAUGGAGGUGCUCCAGGACCCCAGCCUCCGGCUCAACGCCACCUACUACAUCACCAAGCAGAUCCUGCCUCCUCUCGGCCGGGUCUUCACCCUCAUCGGGGUGGACGUCUUCAGCUGGUACCAGGAGCUGCCCAGGAUCCAGAAGGCGUGCUCGGUGGCGGGCGGGGGCGAGGAGGCCGGGAGGAAGGGCACCAUCUCGCAGUACUUCACCACGUUGCACUGCCCCGUGUGUGACGAGCUGACCCAGCUGGGUGUGUGCGGGCGGUGCCGAGCGGAGCCCCAGCGCGUGGCCGUCACCCUGCAGCAGGAGAUCCGGCAGUGGGAGGCACAGCAGGAGCAGCUCCUCAAGAUCUGCAGGAGCUGCAGCGGCGGUGCGGAGCGUCAGGUUCCCUGCGUCUCACUCGACUGCCCCGUCCUCUACAAGCUGUCCCGGGUCACCCGCCAGCUGUCCAAGGGCCCGUACCUCCGGCAGCUCCUGGAGCAGUUCUGACCCAUCCCGACCCAUCUUGCACGCACAGCAACAUUGGUGCUAAAUGCUGUUUUUGUGUUUUGGUUUUUUUUUUUUUUUUUAAUUCAGCUGCUUUCGUGUGUCAUUUCCUUUUUAAAUGGUGCUUUGAUUAUACCCCAUCGGUUUGCAAUUUGUCACACGAGUAUUCGAGCAAGCUGCAGGAUGCUGGACUUGGCCUUGCAGUGAAGAGGAGGGAGGCUGUGUUUUUCCCCCCCGGCUUGUGUUGCCCCCCCCCCCAUCUUACAUCACUGCGUUGUUAUUAGCUGCUAUUGGUUGUCAGUGAAGCUGCGUUUUCAUCAGACAAUGAGCUCACAGACCGUCGGGUCUGCACCGUCAAAGAGGAUUCUUCAACAACAACUCAUUUCAUAAGCGCUGUACCAUUUUGAAAUGCGGGACUUUGAAGUCUUGAACGUUCUUUCUAAGGAGCUCCCUCUGACUCUAAGGUAGACGAAUUAAACCACUGUUUAAAUUCAAAUUUUUUUAUAUUAAAAUAAAGCUCUUUUGUAAAUAGAAAUCCUUUCCUUGUAAAGUGGCCACUCAAUGUGCACCGGCAUUUA